AUUUACAGAAUAUUUAAUUACCAUCUAACUAUCGUCAUUCUGCCGUUUGCUUCAAAACAGAAUCUCCCACAAGGCCUCUGGGAGCCUGGGGCUGCAGGUCUUUCUACAUCAUCAAGCCCGCCAAUACCUCGACAUGGCCAACUCCACCGAGACCAUCCGUCCCACGCGCAUCCGCAUCCUGACCCUGAACUGCUGGGGCCUCAAGUUCUUGUCCAAAUUCCGCAAUGAGCGUCUGUCGGAAAUUGGGCGACAAAUCGCCAUCGCUAGCGAACCCCCCGAGAUAGUCGGUCUACAAGAAUGCUGGAGUCAGCAGGACUACAAGAGCAUCCACCAGCAAACUAAACAUCUCCUUCCGUACGGCAAGUUCUAUCACAGCGGGGUGUUUGGCGGUGGACUAGCUAUUCUGUCCAAAUGGCCGAUCGAAGAAAGCAGCAUGUUUGCUUACCCGCUCAAUGGACGUCCGACGGCGUUCUUCAGAGGCGAUUGGUAUGUCGGAAAGGGCGUUGCUUGUGCGCGGAUCCGUAUGGGGCCGAGGACGGAAGAUAUCGCAGAGGUGUUUUGCACGCAUCUGCACGCGCCCUACGAAAAGGAGCCAAAUGAUUCUUACCUCUGUCAUCGAACGGCGCAGGCAUGGGAGAUUUCAAAACUGAUGCGGCGAGCAGCCGAGAGGGGGCAUUUGGUUAUUGGGCUUGGGGAUUUUAAUAUGGUGCCCAUGUCGUUUGCCCAUCGAUUGAUCACCGCCCAUGCCCCUGUCAAGGAUGUUUGGCACUAUCUACACCCUGAUUCCUCUGUUGGAAGUGCGGAAUCGGCGGCAGAGAAGAAACGAGGCAAACCAAUUCCCAGCGCAGACUUCAAUAUUACCGAGAACGGCGCAGCAAGUGACGGGCCGUAUAAUACAUGGCGCUGGCCAAAAGAGCAGCAAAAGCGGCUAUUCAAGGGUGAAGAUAUCCCAGUCGACGGCACCCAACCAGAUCCUAGAGGUAGAAGACUCGACUACAUUUUCGUCGGAGACGGCGGUUAUCCACCGUCAUUCCCUACACCUCGGUGGAACAUCGACUCGGCCGCUGUAGCCAUGAUGCAACGCCAUCCAACACUGAAAGUUUCAUUAAGCGACCAUUUCGCCAUCGAAGCAGUCAUCUCACGCAGUCUCGACCCGGCCAUCACGGCCCCCGCUGAUCCAGAGAUGCGCCCAACCGAGCCUCAAAACCCCGACGAUGGCGGCUUUACCGUCCAGACUUCGUCCAAAACGCACCCAACAUCCGCCCCCAGUACCUCCCUAACAACAGAAACCUACGACGAGAUACUGGAAAUGGUGGACAAGUACAUGCUCCGUGAGCGAUCACAGAGACGAUGGCGGUUGUUGCAUUUUGUCAUCUCCGUGAUUGUUUCUAUCGGCUGCUUUGUUGGUGUCUGGUGGACGUCUGAUGUUAUAUACGUCGCUUUUAUUCUUACGUUCGUGAGCACCUUGAAUUUUGGCGCGGGGAUUCUGGAUGGGCUGAUAGGCGGCUUGUUCAUGUCGAGUGAAAUACGAGCUCUGAAGGAGUUUCGAUGGGAAGUGAGGAAUGCGCGGUGCUUGGCUGGUGUUGCAGCUGAGUUGGUUUCUAAAGGAGCAUCGGAUUUUGGCGAUGAAGAAGACUAGUAACAAUAUCAUCUUUUAACGAUGUGUUCAAUGGCAAGCCGUGUAUAUACUAUAUAGCCAUCCGGUAAUACUAAU